UUCCUUUACGUUCUCGACGGCGGUGCUUCGCGUCGUAUUAAGCGAAGUACAAACUUUUAUAUCCAGUGUGAUAUAAAGGAUCCGUUAGAUUUUCCGUUGAAACAAUGGUCCAGAAAAAGCCGAAGAAGAAGGUAGGAAAGAAGGUGGCGGCUGCGCCACUGGCAGUCAAGAAGGUUGAACCCAAGAAGCAAACCAAUCCCCUGUUUGAAAAACGUACUCGCAACUUUGGUAUUGGACAGGAUAUUCAACCUGCUCGUGAUCUUAGUCGCUUUGUAAAAUGGCCCAAGUACAUUCGUAUUCAACGCCAAAGGGCUGUGUUGCAGAAGAGAUUGAAGGUACCACCACCAAUCAAUCAGUUCACACAAACAUUGGACAAACAAACCGCAACACAAUUAUUCAAAAUGUUGGAAAAAUACAGACCUGAAUCAGCUACCACAAAAAAGAUGAGGCUAAAAACCAGAGCUGAACAAAAAAUUGCAAAGAAAGAAGAUACCCCAACAAAGAGACCUAAUGUAAUACGUAGUGGAACAAAUACUGUAACUACACUUGUUGAAGAAAAGAAAGCUCAGCUUGUGGUGAUUGCUCAUGAUGUAGAUCCAAUAGAGAUUGUUCUGUUUCUACCAGCUCUGUGCCGUAAAAUGGGUGUACCUUAUUGUAUUGUAAAAGGUAAAGCACGCUUGGGACUUCUUGUCAGGCGUAAAACUUGCAGUACACUAGCUUUGACUCAGGUCGAUUCUGGUGACAGAGCUAAUUUCUCAAAGAUUGUUGAAGCUAUCAAGACGAACUUUAAUGAUAGAUACGACGAAAUCCGACGUCAUUGGGGCGGUGGUCUCUUGGGCAGUAAAUCAGCUGCUAGGAUAGCUAAAUUAGAAAAAGCUAAAGCAAAGGAACUUGCACAAAAGCAAGGUUAACAUCGUCCUGUUAACUGAUUAUUGUUUACUACACACAACAAUAAAAUAUAAAA